UAUAGCGAUGAAUACUUUUUAACAAUUUGAGAUUACUGAUCAGCACAAUCUUUUUGGGCUAGGCUUGAUUGUACUGUACGUCGUGUCACCAUGGAGGACUCUGUAGGCAAACUACGCGGUGUCAAUUUCGAUCCAGAAUGGGUAACUACCGAACCGGUCAUGGCUGUGUGGGAGGACAACGCCGCGGGCCAUGAUCGAUACCUGGGGUCCUUGUCCGGCCGACAGAGUGGCGUUAACUUCACAAUGAGAAUCGGCUUCGAUCCUGCAAACAACGGGAAACUUCUGAUUGCCUUCCACCUUCCUAUCAAGUUUCGCCCAUCGUCUUCAACAAAGCCCAAGGAUAUCUACCUCGUACUUCCUGCCGAAUUUUCACAGCUGUCCGUGGAAGUCACUCCUGUCAAAUCAUUGUCGGACAGCGAGCUUACCAAAGCUGGUCUGGUGCAGUCCGCUAUCAAUGGCCCGCAGAAUGUCCUUCGCGGGCAGUGGAAGAUGAAACAGCUUGGCUACACCGUUAUGCCCCAGGGAAAGCUCAAAGCCGACGUGCGAGGCACCCCACUACAACUUCUCAAGGAUCUUCAAGCCCUUUCCAGUGUAAACACUUUUGAAAUAAUCCUAAAUUUCAGCACCCAUGCUCAAGUCCAACUUAUUCGCAUCGCUGAGAAGAUGAGUUCAUGUACCCUGGCCACGCCGGAACUCGAUUUGAGGUCGAUGUAUGGCAGGCCCGGAACGCUGAACGCAUGGGACCAAUUCGGCAUAGAGCCCGUGGACCAAGCUAAGUCUGGGCUCAACCCUCUGGUCCCGGAACGUGAAGGUGUUUCGUUACCAGCAUAUGACCAUCUGGAAUCGCGGCCUCCAGAGAUACUCGUUCCUUACAGUGGCAGCGAGAAGGAAUCACCCAUGCCACAAGGAUUGUUUGACGAACAGUGCAUAGCACCUGAGACUCCGCCGGAGAACAACAGGAAACGCAAGCGUGGCUGGAAUACCGAAGAAUCCGCGGCCGCUACAUCGACUGCGCCAGCUCAUCUUGGGGGACCUGAACGCACUCACGAAAACGAAACUCGCCAACCCAUCCCCAUCCCAUCAACAGCGCCCCAAGCACACGACCAUCUCCAUCUGUCCCAACGUACCGACACCACAGAGACCGACCUCUUCGCCAGAAUGGUCCAAUGGCUUCUCGCAGCAUGGGAGAUUCUCCCUACCGCCCAUACAUGCCUCCGCGCCGACCUCCUGGCCCUCGGUGCCGCCGCUCGCUCCUCUGACUCCACGCGUUUCGCCGUUCUCCGUUCUCAGGCCACCACACGGCUCGUCAUGUUCGUCGCCAAGGAGAACGUUGCAGCUUCUCACAGUUCUCAGGAACCGCCUGCUCCCUGCUCCCCCGCUCCCUGCGACUUCAGCGCGGAUACCGAACACGUCGUCUCCUGGAUCAAUGGUGUAUACGAUGCCGCGGACAUUGUGUUGCAGAGGGAUUUGGUUGUGCUUGCGGAAGCAGCGUUGGAUGAUGCGGCUACUGCAAGCAAUGCGUUUAUGAAGCAGAAGGCUAUUUGCAUUGUCCGGGCCAGCUUGCUUUUUGGGUAGCCGUCCCGGCUGGCAAUGCAGGGUCAGAGCUCCUGCGGGUCCCCUCACAAAGCAAGCUUAGUGUAUCGUUAUAAAGCCACUGAGCUGUGGGGAAAUCAAGCGCCAUCCGGACGGAGGUUGCUCCAAACUGCGCUGAAUAAGGAUCCUACAGCAGCAGGAGGAAUAUCUGAGUCUCGUCAUGGACUUCCAUUUCAGCAGCGCUUAGAGCGGAAAAAGACCAGCGGCAUACUCAAAACUUACGAGAAAACAUAUCCAAGCAUUCGGCUGCUUGACGCGAUCAGCAUCAGAUCUUCCGACUCCAUCGUCUCAACUCAACGCACGCGCACACUAUCUCAGCCUCAUCGCU